AUGGCGGCUCAUAGUGGCGGUGGCGGUGGCGAGGCUAAGGAGGGGUGGAAGGAUGGCUACGGUGACAUAGCGGACAUCAUUGACGUGAGCGACGACCUCGACGGUCAUGAUGCAGAUGACGAGGGCAGCAACGUUGACGACCAAGAGCAGCACGAACAGGUGUGCACAUGUAGUAUCAGACUGAUGCAUCAGUCUACCUCAAGCGGAAGGGCUUAGCGGGUCGAAUGCACCUCAUGGCUUGAUGCCUCCUGCCGUUCCCGUAGGCGGAAUCUUGCAGUGUUGAUGAGGACGAUGAGGACGAUGAUCUCCCGCUGCCGCUGGACCUCGACGCACAGCCCGCUGCUGCUGCUGCUGCUGCUGCGACGGCGGCGGCGGCAGCGGGCCGUGGCGAUGGCGGAGGCAAGAAGGGCGGCAAGAGAAAGAGAAAGAAACUCAUACUCAUAGGUAUGCAAUGGGUACACUGCACAGAAGCCGUGUGUGGAUGCAUCUGUGUGCUGCAUUGUGUUGUGUUGUGUUGUGUUGUGUUGUGUGUUGGUUCAGAGCGCCAUCCCCGGCAUCUGCGUCGUCUUGGCGAGGCCAUCGAGCGCACCGCCAUCAAGCUCAUCCAGCCCUUCCCGCCCCGGCCGCAAGCUGCUCGUACUCGACAUCGACCGCACACUAUACGAUCACAAGUACAGUACACAGCAACCAUCGAUACGUCAACACCCAUUCAUGCGGGAAUGUGUGUGCGUGUGGAUGGAUGGAUGGAUUGAUGUGCGCAGGAGCCGUGAUCUGCAGCGGGCGAAGCGUCCCGGUCUGGACAGCUUCAUGGAGGCCGUGUACCCCCACUAUGACAUCGCAGUGUGGAGCGCCACCAACUGGACGGCCCUCGAGGCCAAGUGCACUGAGAUGGGACUACUCAACUCGCUACCCAAAUUUGCCGUCAGCUUCGUGCUCGACAAGUAUGCAGCCGACGACACACGUGCCUCUCCCACACCCAUACCGUACACACCGCACUCGGGGGAGCAAAUACUCUUCCCCUGUCUCUCUGUCUGUCUGUCUGUCUGUCUGUCUCUGUGUGUGGUUCUCUAGGUCUGCCAUGUUUGACGUGACCACCAAACGACCAGCCAAGAAGGUGCCAAGCAAUGGCGGCAGUGCGGGCAGCAGCAGCAGCAGCAGCAGCACGAAGGACCGCGUCAAGAAGGAACCCAGCAAGAACAAGAAGGGGGCGGGGAAGGGCGGCAGCAGCAGCCGCACGCACUCGGUCAAGGCGCUGCAGGUGAUAUGGGGCAAGUUCCCGGGCGUGUGGGGGCCGCACAACACACUCCACGUGGACGACCUCCGCCACAACUUCGCCAUGAACCGUAAAAAUGGCAUCAAAAUAUCGCAGUACAAGUAAGCGGAAGACACGCAGCUUCCCACACACACACAGAUCGACGUGUUGAUGUGUCCUUCCCCUCUCUGUGUGUCGAUCUCUCUCUCUCUCUCUCUCUGUGUGUGUGUGUGUGUGUGUGUGUGUACCAAAGGGUGAUUGAGUCGUCGAGCAAGUUUGACAGAGAGCUGCAUCAUCUGUCGGUGUAUCUGAUCCACCUGGCGUCGCUGCCCGACGUGACGACUCUCGACCACAAGCAGUGGCGGCAGGUGGCAGCGCGGCUCCAAGAUGCCUAGGCACUGUCGGCCACCAGUGGGCAGUGAGCGAUGGAUGCGUGGGCAGCAAGGAGAAGAGGCGGGAACAAGAGAGAGACGGAGAGAGAGAGGGGGGGGAUAAUCAUGUGUGUGCGGGCCGGCGCCUUUCAUCUGUCGCUUCCUUCGAUUCGGGGAGCAUGUGCGCGGACCGGUUACGUGUUUGUUGACCGCUGAGAGAUAAGAUGUACAGCCGAACGAGUUUCCUCGAAGGGUCCAGCAUCAUCGCUGACGAUCCUGGCCGAC